UCAGGCAUGGCUGCAGUGCGCGCAGUUGCAACGAGGAUCCUAUCGCUGCUCGUUCUGCCACUAUGGGUGCGAGGAGCGGCAGGGAGCCUGCAGCUGGACGUGCCAGCCACCGUGCACGUGGAGCUGGGGCAGACACUGGAGGUGCCGUGCAAGCGGGCCGACGGCAUGGAAGCCGCAUUCGAAUCCGUGCUCGAGUGGUUCUACGUGGACAGUGCCCACGGCCGAGUCCCCAUCCUGUACCGCAGGAACAAUUUCCGGCCCCCCGUGGAUGCGCCCGACUACGCGGAGCGCGCGAGCCUCAAGCCCGGAACGUCGACGCUCGUGGUGGAGGGCGCGGGCCUCCAGGACGAGCGCACCUUCGUCUGCCAAAUCACGGACAGCGCCGGGGAGAGGGGCACAGGCGCCGCCAGUGUCCGAGUCUUCUCACUUGGAGACCUGGAAAUAACUGCCAAUCCCGAACCGAUUGCAUUAAACAACAAGACAGCAUUGCUCGCUACGUGUCGGACCAAGAACAGCUACCCUCAACUGCAAAUCGGCUGGUACAAAAACGGAAUCGAACUCAAGAGCCUCACAGCGAUGAGCAUGAGUCUGCAAGCCAAUGGGCUGUACACGCUGUCCUCCAAGCUGGUGUACGUGGUCACGAGGCCGGACCACGGCGCCACGUACCACUGCGCCGUGUCGUACAGGGCCGACGCAGAGGCAAAGUCCAUCCAGUCGGACGGCGUGAAGAUCAAUCUGCACUACCCACCGGACAGCGUCGUGCUGUCUGUGGCGUUACCGACGGUGGCAAUCAAGGAGAGGGAUGACGUCGUGCUCAAAUGCACUACCGAUGCAAACCCACCGCCCAACUACAGCUUCUACAGGGUAUUCGCGGAUGACAGGGUGGAGGUGCCGGGUGCGGUGCGGGGCGGGCUCCUGGUGCUGCGCGGAGUCUCGGCUGACAUGAACGGACUCUACGUCUGCAGGGCGAACGCCACCGGGAAGUGCACGGGGCACAGUGCCACGUCCUCGCACAUCAACGUCGUCAUCAACUAUAUUGAUCCGCUGAGUCUGGUUCCCUUCGGACCGCUGACCGUGAGGGCUGGGGUCAGGGUGCACGUCACCUGCCAGAGUUCGGGCUCCGGACCCCUCUCGUACCGCUGGAUCAAGGAUGGCACGACGGUGUCAGACUCGACAAAGGUCGUCAUAGAGAGUGCACAGUUCAGCGAUGCUGGCGUCUACACCUGCAAUGCCUGGCUGCUGGCUCACCCGCACAUCACCGCCAGCGAGAGUGUCAGCCUGCUCGUGCAAGGAAAGCCUCACAUCUUGAGUGAUGAGGACGUGUACCUCCAGAAUGAGGGAAGUGCCCUCUCCCUGCUGUGCGAAGCAGUCGGCUUCCCCAAGCCCAACAUCAAGUGGAGCCACGCUGGAAGGCCUAGCAACACCGAGAGCAUAAAAGACAACAAGCUCACAAGCGAACUGAAGCUCAGGGUAACAGAUGACCUGCGGUACGUCACGUGCAACGCAUCAAACCAGUAUGGGGCAGCGGUGAAAGUUUUUCAUUUGCAACGUCCAUCAGCCGCAGAGGAUGCGUAUAUAAUCAUUCUAGCUGUCGCUGCAGCACUACUGAUAAUUGGAUCCGUUGCGUUCGUCAUGUGGCGUAAAAGGAGGCAUCGUUAUAGAAGGCACAAUGGGAUGAAUGGCACCAAUCUCCACACGAUAAUGCUGGGACUCGCAGAGAUGGAUGACGAUGGGCAUGAGGGUGACGAGUGUGACUUUCCCUACCCUGCUAUUAUAGUGUCCUCCCUAUAGCGGAUAAGAGGCGUUUACUGUAAGUAUUACACAUCACCUGCAAUUUAAAAAUCACAUUCUACUGUUAUUGCGGUGAACAAGAGCUACGGUAUAUACAUUCAUCCUUUUAUUUGUGUUUUUUUUGAGACCAGAGUUUUCGCAAGGGUGUCCGAGCGAACGACUUCACUUGAGUCUAAAAACAACACCAGAAGACGCUCGUUGCGCAGAUGCCCGUUGAUUGCCCCCCCCACCCCCCACCGCCUCCCCGAGUCAGGCCACGAGCCCAGAAGUGACAGCACAGCAGCGUGAUGUGAAUCCCCACCCCACCCCAGCACGGUACGCACAGAGCAGAAAUGCCCAAUGCUUAGCACUUGAUGAGGGGGUGUAGAGCUCCCCCCAUCCACACAGCGCUGUCUCAAAGUGUCGGCGAGCCCCUUCGCUUUACCACGCAUAGCCGAGUUUGUGGUCCUCGACUGAGCAGCGCAGGCCACGCCGCUCGCCACCGACCUCGACUUGACCUUUUGUGUUGGCAAACCUCCCGGCGUACGUUCAGAAUGUCAACAAAAAAAGGUGAUUUCCUGCUCGAACGAGCAUUGAAGCGGUGCGCACCUCCUGAUUCUACGGCCCUGAGCCAGCGGUGGAAAUUCCACAUUCCUAAUUUGUGGUGAUGGGG